AUUCGUGAUAUAAAUCGUCAAUAUGAUGAAAUUGUUUUAACAAAUUGUAUAAUUGAUGAAAGAACUUUUUUAGAAAAUAAAUUUCAAUUAAAUGACUUAUAUGAUCUUGUUGAACGUUUAAAUGAAUGUGAAUGUUCAUUUAAUAGUCAAUAUGAUUUAAUAGAAAAUGUUAAUAAAAUAAAUCGAAAAGAAAAUCCAUCUCGAUCAUAUAAAUCACUAUUAUAUGCUCAUUCGGAUAAAUAUCAUGAUUUUAAUUGGAUAUUACAUGUUUAUUCAUUAGAUGAUAAAUCAAAAUCAUUUAUUAAAUAUUUAUCAUCAAUAACUUUUUCAACAAAAUCCUCAUUAUGGAAUGAUAUUGAAUUAAAAGGUAUUUUAUCAUAUAAAACAAUAUCAUCAAUUCAAUCAAAUAUAAAUAAUUCCUUAUCACCAAUAAAUAAUUUAACUCCAAUUUUUAUUCAAUCAUCAAAUAAAACAAAUGUAUCAAGAAAAUUAUUUCAAUCGAAUACAACAGAUCAAUUAACAAUAAGAUUUAUUAUUUGA